AUGAUACGACAUAUCAGGUGUAUUCUACCGAGAACUCAGCGAUUUUAUUCAAUAAACUCAAAAAGCACAAUCCCAAAUAUAGAUUUACCAAAACUACACCCAUUAUUAAUUCAAAGAGCAAAAUUUUUAACUAAUGAACAUGAAGAAAUUUCAAAAAAAUUAGAUACUUAUGAUCCAGAUUUACAAAUUAAAUUUGAUAGACUUACUAAUAUAAUAGAUACUUUCACAAAAUUUAAAACAUUAAAUAAUGAAAUUUUAGAAUUAAAACAAAUUAAAGAUCCAGAACUUAUACUGGAAGCACAAGAUGAAAUUAAUAAUCUAUUACCACAAUUACAAAAACUUAUAACUGAACUUCAAACUAAAUUAUUACCACCAUUAAAAUAUUCUGAAAGUAAAACUAUUAUAGAACUAAGACCAGGUAUCGGAGGUUCUGAAGCAAGUUUGUUUACUGAAGAUUUAUUACAAAUGUAUAUAAACUUUGCAAUUUUUAAUAAAUGGAAAUAUAAAAUUAUAUCACAAGGUAAAAAUGCAAAUGGAUUUAUGAAUGAAGCAAUAUUAUCAAUAGAUGAAAUUGGAUCUUAUGAUAUAUUACGUCAUGAAUCUGGAGUUCAUAGAGUACAAAGAAUUCCAGAAACUGAAUCAAAAGGUAGAAUACAUACUUCUACAUCAGCAGUUGUUAUAUUACCUAAAAUUUCAGAAGGUAAUGAAACAAGUUUAAAAAAUGAUGAAAUGCAAUUUAAACCAGGAGAAAUUAGAAUAGAUACAAUGAGAGCAAGUGGUAAAGGUGGUCAACAUGUUAAUACUACUGAUUCAGCUGUUAGAUUAGUUCAUAUUCCAACAGGAAUUAUAGUAGUUCAACAAGAUGAAAGAUCACAACCUCAAAAUAAAGCAAAAGCAUUUGCGAUAUUAAGAAGUAGAUUAGCUGAAUUAGAAAGAAUUGAAGAAAUUGAAAAACAAAAAAAUUUAAGAAUUUCUCAAGUUAGUUCAACUGAUAGAAGUGAUAAAAUAAGAACUUAUAAUUAUCCUCAAAAUAGAAUUACUGAUCAUAGAUGUGGAUAUAGUUUACAUGAUUUACAAGGUUGUUUAAAAGGUGAAAAAUUAAAAGAAAUUAUUGAUAAAGUUAAAGAAGUUGAAUAUAAGGAAAGAAUGGAAGAAAUGGUAUCUAAUGGGGUAAGUGAUGAAAAAUAA